CACAAACACUACAUGACUCUCGCCCUAACCCAAGCGCGCCGCUCCCCGCCGGCGCCCACCAAAUUCUGCGUCGGCGCCGUCCUCGUCGACGCCGACACGCACACCGUGCUCGCGACCGGCUACUCGAUGGAGCUCCCCGGCGACCGGCCGGGCGACCCGGGCAACACGCACGCCGAGCACUGCUGCCUCAUCAAGGUCGCGGCGCGCCACGGCCUCCCCGAGGACCGCAUCGCGGAGGUCCUCCCGCCCAACACGGUGCUGUACACGACGAUGGAGCCGUGCAACCGGCGGCUGAGCGGGGCUCGCACCUGCUGCGAUCGGAUCGUGGGGCUUGGGAAUGCGAUCAAGGUGGUGUAUGUGGGGAUCCGGGAGCCGGAGACGUUUAUCUCGGAAAAUACGGGGAGGGGGCGGUUGGAGGCGGCCGGAGUACGUUUCGUGGUGGUGGAGGGGAUGGAGGAGGAGGUUUUG